AUGCAGAGGGUGCUGGGGGCCGGGCCGCUGCACUGGGAGGCGGUGGGAGCGGCUCGGCGGAGCGGGCCGGCCGGGCUCAGGCUCCUAACAGAGGCGGGCCGGCGUAAGGCCGCGUUACUAUGGCAGCCAGUGAACGGAGGCGGGGCUCCGCCAACCGGACGUGACGCACCGGAAGGCGGAGGUGGCGGGAAAGGCGGCUGCGCUCUCGGCUGGCGCAGGGGGAAGCACGUGGCGGCCGCGGCCCAGGCCGGACUCGACGCGCCCGGCCUCCUGCCCAUGGUGGAGACGUUCUGCGCGCGGGCGAUGCGCGUGGCCGAGGCUGACCUGGUGCAGCAGCUCCGCAGCGCGCGGCCCGCGAAGGAGAAGCGGCAGUGGGUGCAGGGCAUCCUGGAAACCAUCCAGCGCUGCAGCCACGUCCUGGAGGUGUCCAUCCCCAUAAAGCGGGACAGCGGCCACUGGGAGGUGAUUGAGGGCUGGCGGGCCCAGCACAGCCAGCACCUCCUGCCCUGCAAAGGGGGGGUUCGGUUUUCGGAGUCAAUUAGCAUUGAUGACGUAAAAGCCCUGGCAGCCUUAAUGACAUACAAAUGUGCGGUGGUGGAUGUUCCCUUUGGUGGUGCCAUGGCUGGCGUGAAGAUUGAUCCAAAGAAGUAUUCAGAAGGUGAGCUGGAGAAAAUAACAAGGCAGUUUACGGUUGAAAUGGCCAAGAAAGGAUUUAUAGGGCCUGGAACUGACGUUGCUGCUCCUGACAUAAAUACAGGGGAAAGGGAGAUGUCCUGGAUUGCCGACACCUACUCCCGCACUCUCGGCUACAAGGAUAUCAAUGCCCAUGCCUGUGUGACAGGGAAGCCUAUUAGUCAGGGAGGAAUCCAUGGGCGAGUCCCCGCCACAGGCCGUGGUCUGUUGCAUGGGAUUGAGAACUACAUCAACAACACUCUCUACAUGAACCUCGUUGGCCUGAGCCCUGGUUUCCCUGGCAAGACCUUUGCGUUGCAGGGCUUUGGCAACACGGGCCUGCACACCAUGAGGUACCUGCACCGCCACGGAGCGUGCUGUGUGUCUGUCGGGGAGGUGGAUGGUGCUAUUUACAAUUCCAGCGGGAUCCAUCCCAAGGAACUACAAGAUUAUAAGAUGGAACAUGGCACCAUCGUCGGCUUUCCAAAAGCAGAGCCUUACGAAGGCAGCGUCCUGGAAGUACCUUGUGACAUCCUCAUCCCAGCUGCUAUCGAGAAGCAGCUCACGAAGGAGAACGCGCAUCGGGUCCAAGCCAAGAUUAUCGCCGAAGCUGCCAACGGCCCCACCACACCAGCAGCCCAUGAGAUCUUCCUGCAGAGAAAUAUCCUCGUCAUCCCGGACCUGUAUGUGAACGCGGGCGGCGUGACCGUUUCCUUCUUCGAGUGGCUGAAGAACCUCAACCACGUGAGCUAUGGCCGCCUGACCUUCAAGUACGAGCGGGACUCCAACUACCACCUGCUGAUGUCUGUCCAGCAGAGCCUGGAGCGGACCCUUGGGAAGGGCAGCGGGGAGAUCCCCAUCGUCCCCUCCCCGGAGUUCCAGGCCAGGGUGGCAGGGGCCUCCGAGAAGGAUAUCGUGCACUCGGGGCUGGCCUACACUAUGGACCGCUCGGCCCAGCAAAUCAUGAACAUCGCCACGAGGUACAACCUGGGCUUGGACCAGAGAACCGCUGCCUACCUGUGCGCCAUCGAGAAGGUGUUCAGGGUGUACAAUGAAGCUGGGUUUGCAUACUGA